AGAAGUGCGAUCUACGUAAAUGCUAGCUAGCAACGUGCAAAGUAACAGCCAGGGAUGUUUUUUGCCGGGAAGUUUUUAUGCUAAUUCCAGUGUAACAACGUUUUAGUUGACAUGACGACUGUCAUAGAGGCAGGUCUUUCGGUGUCUCUUGAUCUUUCUUCAGUCGUUGAAGCGGCUGUGAGAGUUGCAGUGUGCUCUGUGCUUAAAGAGGUUCAAAGACUCAUCGGUAAAGAUGUGGCCGAGCUGCGAGUGGCUCUUUCUAGAAAGGAGUGCGAGAACGAAAAGCUUAAGACGCAGCUGGAUAUGGCGAGACGAGAGUUGAGAGAUCGGACGAGCUCCGAGAAAAGGUCUAUAUUAAACAGCGACCUAUCAUCUUCUUGUAACGAAGACGCGAGUGGGAAUAAUACCAGUUCUCGUCACGGCGUACGUAGUAACACAGAUGAAGACCCUAGCGGACUGGCCUUGGACGGCUCAUCAAUUUGGAGUCACCCCUGGGACAGUGACGCUGGUAGUGAUAUGCAGCAUAACUUUAUUGACCCACUAGAGAACAUAGAAUCCAAGCGUGACUUUACACCAGAUGUGGGCUACAGUUUGGAUGCUGCAGAAACAAACACAGAACCGAAUCCCACAUGUGAGCUUUUGGACUCGAUUGCUGACUCGGUGGCAGUGACGACAGCCUCCAUUACAUCUCAUGGCGAAAGUGCAGUAAGCAACGUUAACCUGGUUGAUGCCCAUACAACAAAGGAGCUGAGAGUCGUACAGGUAAAGGAGGAAAUUUCUUCUGGACUGUCUUCCUCCACGGCACAUGGGUUGUCGCAUCCUGACAAAGCAGAGCCCUAUAUCUGCGGUGAGUGUGGGAAAAGCUACUUCUGGUUAAGUAGCUUGAAAAAGCACCAGAAGACCCAUCAGCGCACGCAUACAAACCCACGGCCGCACCGCUGCACAGACUGCCCCAAGACAUUCAGUUACCUCUCCAGCCUGAAGAAGCACCUGCUUAUCCACACGGGGGAGAAGCCGCACCACUGCAGUCUCUGUGGGAAGCGUUUCCGGCAAAUCCAGCAUCUAAAGGAGCACUGCAAGACCCACGAGGACAGCAAGCCCUUUCGUUGCGGGGAGUGCGGCUGGGGAUUCAAUAACGGGUCCAACUUCAAGCGUCACCUUCUCAUCCACACGCGGCAGAAGGCGGACUAGAUUAGAGAACUUUAGUCGUGAUCUUUUAAAAUGAUUUAUCUACACUCACUUUUUAAAAAAAAACCUUUUAAAAGAAAGAUAAGGUGAUGAACAUGCUUCCCCAAUACAAUACUGUCUCCACUUUCCCAAAAGUAAAUUAGCCUAUGUAUUCAGUUUUUUCCCCAACCAUUUAACCAGCUCUAAAAAAAUCUCAGUGUACUGUAAAUUCAAUGACUGUCAUUGUGUCAGAGAACUAAGUUUGCCUGACCCAGUUAAAUUUAUGAAAUGAAUUUUCAUGCAGCAUCUCCCUUGUGUGUGUAAGUUGAAAAAUGUAAGUAGGACCAAGAAACUUGACACUGGAUGUUUCACACACAGGCCACAAUUUUUGAUGUUCUAAUCAAAUAUUGGUGUAUUAAUGAUAUCUGAGUAGUGAGAGUCAUUGAUGUGAAAACUAGAUUUAAAAUAUUUUUUUAAAGGAGCCACUACUCUUUUUACAUUGAGUAUAUGAUUAUUGUGUUUCCUUUUUAAAAUGUGCUUCAUAAUAUACUAGGAAUAAUUUUAUAUUUUACCAAACAUGGCAAGCAUCUCUUUUAAUUUGAAAUAAAUUGUUUUUACAUGUAUUGGUGAAUUUAUUAUGUACCAUUUGUAUGUGAUUAUUCACAAUUAGCCUAAAUAUUCCUUAGCUGACUCAUUAACUACAGAAAUGGUGCAUGAGAUAGUUGAGCAACCAUAGACAAAUUUGAACAAUUUUGUAUUAUUAAAAGGCAAAACAAUAGGCGUGAUUUAAAUAAGCUGUUUUACUUCAAAUUAAUUAUGAGUAUUUUAGUACAUUUAUAAAUUUUGUUUUUGCAUGCUACGUAUUUGCAGCUGUCCACUGCACUGAAAAUUAAAGGGAAAAGAGACUGAAGAAUUUACUUGAUGUACAAAUUUGUAUAUAUCCAUAUAAUUCAUAGUAUUACAUUGUGGAAGCACAAUUUAUGGUCAUGUGUUGUGUUGCCAGUAAACUAAGCUGUGAUAGUCACCUUCCGACUGUAUACUUCUAUCUCUUAAUAUAUUACUUCCCAUCAUGCAGUUUUUCUUACUGCAAAUGAUAAAAUGUAGCCUAUUUAUAAUUGUCAUUUAGAUUGAACUUCUUUCUUUUUCUGUACUGUCAACACACAGCCAUUGUUUCAAAGUGAAACAAUUUAAUUGAUUGUAUUUUUCACCUUCAUAGUGGGUGCUAACAAAUAAAUGGGUAAUAUAUUUUUUGUUUCAUUAGUGACAAGGAGAACAGUGAAUUAAUUAAUUAAUGUGGAUUUUGAAUAAUUGUUAUACUGCACAUCAGUGUUUAUACCUUAAUACAAAAGUAAAUGAAUAAAAGAG